AUGUCCGCAGAAUCUGGCGAGUGGGUGCCACUGAUAAGCCAUGCGCCUGCAAGCGCAGAAGUAUAUCAACGUGUGCGUUCGCGAAUACGUAACCUGCAAGACUUGCGCAAGUUCGGACAGGGCCAUAAGAACCUCAACGACGCACUUCCCAGAGCGCCUGUAGAACUCCGCGAGCUUGAACAACAGCAUUUCCCAAGUCAGUCUCACGCCUCCCGUCUCGCAAGCAUGAGCGAUGGAGAUAUUGAUCAAGAAGCCGAGGCAGCACGACUGUGGCUAUUAGGUAUGCUCGAAUACCGGGACAGAGCCAUGAGCCGGGAACACGAGUUAAGGAUGUUCAGAAGCGCUGUAGAAAAGCAGGAGAAUGGUCGACAAGAGGACUGGAGUGAUCUGGAACGGCUCUACAUGACACUUACAGACAGCAAUCUCGUGUCGCCGGAAGCGCGAUUGCGAGCAGCGUUCAUGGUUGUGUUUCACCUUAACUAUGCUGAACGUCAGGAACAUGUUAGCAAAGCAGGUGCAGAACUUAUCGAGCGUCUGCAGCGUUCAUCUGGCAUGGAUGCCGAAUUAUUUGAGACGCGUGAGAAUAUCUUUGAAAGGACUCAAUCUACGAACGUCGACCAUUUCGCAUGCGCCAUUCCACUUUCUCUUCUCACUGACACGGCUAACAAUGCCUCCAUUGUCGAUGACAACGCUGGCUGCUGUCCCAUCUGCCAAAACCCAUACACUUCCCUCAUAGAUCGCCCAAUCGAAGAGCUGUUAGCUGACUAUCCUGUACGAAUAAAGCACUGCGGCCAUAUCGUUGGCAAGGCAUGUCUUGAGCAGUGGAUGAGAACACCGAAGAUUGAAGAAGCGAAAUAUCCGCACCGCACGUGUCCAUUAUGCCGCAUCAAGAUUGAAGGUGUGGAAUCGCCUCCGGUACCUACGGAGCUGUUGGGUCAUCUGAAGACCAACCGACGAGCCAUGGAAACAGUGAGAGAACUAACGUACGGUUAUGACAUGGACCGGGAAGAGCGCCUCAGCACCAUCAGCGCUUGUAUGAGCGAGGAGAUUGCCUGCACACAGCUACUAUCUGAGAUAAGAUGGAUCGAGAGCGAGAAGAAGGACGUUGGUAUGUUGGAGGAUAAGCUCGCGAGUCUGGAGAAAGAAAGGUGGGCUUGGGGAUUCAGAGGAGACGGCAUCUGGGCGAAGCUGAGAGAGGAGUGGAUGAACAGCGGUGUCGUCCGAAGGGGCUGA